AGUGGCUUGAGACCAGAGCAGUGCGCAGGCUAUUUAUAUCGAGUUGGAAUGUGACCUGGGAGUUCUGGUCAUUUACAUGUAAUGUACUUGUUAGCCCCAAACACAAAAUACAUCUAUGAAGUCAACCCCGGAUUUUAACCCCUCAUCCCAACGUCUAUGCAAGUUCUGUUGGGAAGAUAAACCUGUCAAAGCGUAUGCAGUAGCGGAUCGGCCAAGCCGUGCAUUCUGUAUAGACUUAAGCUUAAUGCAGUGGAGAAGAAGGCCUUUGAUCUACAAAAAAGAAGUUCAGUUUCCCUGCAGGUUCGCCUCUCCCCGCCUGCCCCGCCCCAACUUCAUCUCAUUCCUGACUUUCUCUCUGGUUCUGCUUCUCUUUCAAGGUUUGCAGCUUUCCUUGAUUUGGCCGAGUCACCUGCUCUAGCUCCGGAGGUUCCGUCUGAUCUGAUUCCGACCUGGCAUGAUAGUCCACAAUGUCUCUCAAGUAUGGACCCUUUUCAGACAUGGAAGCAUUAAAACUGAUUGCUUCUCUAGUUGGGUAAUGCUUCAUGACCAGGAAGGCUUCGUCCGUCUCCCAAAUGAACGCUUAAUAUACUCCUCGCCUCCCCGCACAAGCGUAUCCUUGACCCCACCAUCCGGGUACAAAGGCACAGAGAAGCUUUCAGUUCAAAGCAGCGCAGGCUGUAUUCAUCUCACCAACCAAAGAGUCGUCUAUCUCCCCGCAAACAGAACAAAUGACUUCCAGUCCUUCUCCUCACCCCUUCUAAGUGUCAAGGACUCUCAUGUAUCAGCGCCUUUCUUCGGUCCCAAUGUGUGGACAGCGCUGGUACAGCCCGUAUCAGGAGGGGGCAUUUCACCAUCUCUGCCAGCCGUGCAGCUGAAAGUGACAUUCAAGGAAGGGGGGGCCUUUGAUUUCCACACCAACUUUGAGCGCAUCAAGGAACGACUGGAACAGGCCGUUGAAAAUACCAGUGAAGGCACCCGCGGCCAGCAAAACGUGGAUCUCUCGGCUGUCCAUCUGGAAGAGUUGCCCGCAUACGAAGCGCCGCCCAAUGCUAGCCAGACCAGCGCUGCUCCCAGCGAACCACCCACAGAACCUCCAAGCAGUCGAGUAUCUGAUGCAGGCACCGAGCCCGUGGAGCCACCUCCAUGCUAUGAGGCGGUCCAAUCGCAAAGUGUGGCAGAUGAGCUAGAGGCGAGGUUACGGCGAGCCAGUUGAUUAUCUGAUAUGAAGCCGGAAUUCAUCUCACUUAAUGAUCCCAUUAAAUAUUUCAACUUGCCAAAAUUUCCCGUUAUACACAUGUACACUAUGAAUCAGUUAGCGACACGAAAGCGGUGCGACGCACUUAGAAGAUGCACAGAUCUGCUCCUCACCAGCGGCUUAUAAAAAAUAGUAAAGCAAGUAUAUAUAUUUC